AUGUCCUUCGUACUCGUACCGCCGACCCCCAGUCCAGAAAGCAGCGUACACCAUCCAGUAUCUCUGCUGUCAGCGACGACGUCGGUCCCCGAGUUGGAACUACCAGACGACCCCGACCGCGAGCGCAGCUCGUCCGAAACUACCAUAGUCACUAUCUAUUCGAUGUACGAAGAAGACACACGCAGCUGGUCUGCCUCCCGACAUCAUUCGAAAGACCUCGACGUCGACGUUACCAUCGCUAGCCGCGACUCCUUUAGGGACUCCCUCCGGAACUCCUUCAUGCAGUCCACCGUCGCAACCAUCGAGGACAGCGCAUUCUACGACUCCACUGCCGACUGGCCGCGCGCGAGCAAGCGCGUUAGCAUGGACAAGUCUAGACAGUCGGUCCUGUCCAAUGGGUCGGUACAGCUGGCGUACUCAGACAGCCGACCCUCGUCCGCCAAUGGCAGCCACCGCCAUACCGUCAGCCAUUCGCCCGAGGGAGAGCUCAGGGCAGGGCUGAGUAGGCCGUCGUUGCAGAAUUACAGGUCGGCGCUGUCUCACGACGAUGGAAAGUCCGUGUCUGCAUUGAGCCAGUCGCCCGACCCCGCACAAAGCAGACCGAAUUCGCGCGCCCGCGCGAACGGAAUUUCCCUGCCCCGGCCGGAUGGUGCUUCACAUAGCCGCAAGUCCUCUGUAGACGUCUCACUCGCGCCAAGUAGACCAGCGUCACGGAAUCGCAGGUCGGCUGAAAAGUCUCGACCUAAUUCACCUCCACCAUCGCAAGGUACACUAUCCCCGCCGCUUCCACCGCAGUCGCUACUGCAAGUGCCCUACCCCCCGGAAUCCUCCCCACCGCAAAUACGAAGCUCUCCCGCGGCGAGUGAGCAUUCACUCGUGCCAUCAGAUGGGGAAGACCCGGAUGGAUUCCACGUGCGGAGUACGUACGCGGACCUGGAGAUAUGUGGAGUGAAGGGCGACGGGUACGAAGAGGGUGUGGAGCGGACGCGUGCACGAGUGGGCGGGAGUCGCGCGAGCGAGCUGCGUGCACUUGCGGCGCUCGGUGACGGUCUGGAGAAGACACGCGAGCUUACGGAGACGCAGAUCCGCAUGCUCGCAAGCCUUGACCGGUAUGGUUUCUACGUCAUGCCAUCACACGACCGCAUCUUGCUGCUGCCCGUUGCACCCCUGCUGAAGCCGCUUGCGCACGUCGUGACGUUUCCCCCGAAUGCGCCUGCCAGCGCGCCGCUACUGCACGCACUGCCAGCCGUCUCACCGCCAAUAAGGGAGUUGUUGCGCACCGAGAAAUGGAGCAGGAUGCUCGAGGCACGAUCGCGCGACCAAGGUGGAAACAUCGAUUCGUGGGGCAUUUGCGCGUCGAAGGAGCACAAGCUGCGUGAGCGCACGUUUAAAGGUAUCCCAGACUGUUGGCGGAGUGCUGCAUGGGAGACCUUCAUUUGCCGAUUUUCCAAGACCAACAAGGCUGGCUUGCGGAAGUUGAUGAAUGACUACCAAACAGCUCUUGAACAGCCUUCGACCUACGAUGUGCAGAUCGACCUGGACGUGCCACGGACCAUUAGCGGCCAUGUAAUGUUCCGAACAAGGUAUGGCCAAGGCCAGCGGUCACUGUUUCACGUCUUGCACUGCCUAUCGCUCAGAUGUGAUGCAUGCGGGUAUUGCCAGGGUAUGGGUCCCAUCGCGGCAACACUCCUCUGCUAUUUUGAGCCUGAGCGGGCGUACGCUGCUCUGGUCCUCUUGCAUGACGCUUACACCAUGCACACAAUAUUCAGCCCAGGGUUUCCCGGGUUGCUCGAGGCGAUAUACGUCCAGGAACGGCUCACGGAGCAGAUGCUUCCUUCGGUGUACGCCGCGUUCAAGAAGCACAUGAUUUCCACGACAUCGUACGCCACGAAAUGGUACAUCACUCUCUUCGCCAACUCAGUGCCGUUCCAAACCCAGCUGCGCCUGUGGGAUGCGUUCCUGCUUGAGGGUUACGAUAUUUUCGUUGUGAUCGCGGUCGCGAUCGUGUGGGUCUAUAGGGAUCAUAUUACUUCGGAAGCAGCCAGCUUUGAGACCGUGUUGUCAUUGCUCUCUUCAUUCUUCGUCCCCGAGGACGAGAACGCGCUACUGGCCUGGAUCGAGAAGGUAAUAUCCGACAAGAAGUUGCGGUCGAGCAUGCGACAGUGGCGGGCAGACUGGAACCGGCUCGUCGCAGCCGGACAGCACUCGCAGGCGCUGCUAUAG